GCCAGAUGUCUCGCCGCUUUGUUUACCUUCGGCGGCGGCGGCGGAGAGGGCGACGGCGACGCAGGAACCAGGUCGUGUUUUCUUCUUUUCCCUGAAUUCGGUGUUGUUUUAGGAGGCGGAAGGACGCUGUGAAGUCCUGUUUGGAAGGAUCUCGGAGAAGCAAGUGUGCAACCAUUCAGUCCUGUGUUGGAGCUCCCCCGGAUUUUCCAGAAUGAGUGCAGACGAAGUUAUGAAGGACAUGAAAGAGCGGGCCAAGCUUCGCCGACAGCUCCUUGCUAAACAGCUUGGGGUCGCCAGUGCGGAUAAGCUUGGCCAGGCGCUGGGCAAUAUAGACAAGCAACAGGAAGACCAGGACCGCAUCAAACGCAUGAAAAGGUCUCGGCAGCAGGAGGAGCUCGAGGGAGAGGAGGCAGCCAACAUGGUGUACACAGACUCUUCCACGUUCCUCAAGGGCACCCAAUCAGCAAACCCACACAAUGAUUACUGUCAGCACUUUGUGGACACCGGUCAGCGUCCUCAGAAUUUCAUUAGGGAUGUGGGGCUCGCAGAUAGGUUUGAAGAGUAUCCAAAGUUACGGGAGCUUAUUCGUCUCAAGGAUGAGUUGAUAGCUGCAACAGCAACGCCACCAAUGUACCUACAGUCAGACCUGCACACCUUCGACUGGCGUGACCUGCCUGUCAAGUUUGACGUGAUUCUCGUCGAGCCUCCACUGGAAGAGUACCAGCACACGGGAGUUAACAAUGUGGAGUUCUGGGACUGGCAGAAGAUUAUGGACCUGGACAUUGCACAGGUCAUUUUUGUGCCGUUGAAUUAGCCUGGGUGGAUGAGU